AUGUCUGCCAGCUCAGCAGCCCGUCACACACUGACACCUGGAUCCAGCGUGGCACCGUUCCGCGGCGUGGCGGCCCAAGCGGCGUUCAGCUCCAGCAGCGCGCCGCCGCGCGCAGCCCAGCCGCUCUCGCUGCGGCCGUCUCUGGGCGAAGCGGGAGGGGCGGGCUCCCCCGCGAUGCAAGCGCACGGCGACGCAGCAGCGGCAGCGCGGGCGGGAGCGGCUGCGUGCCGGCCGUGGGAGCGCAACGACCUGCUGCGGCGGCUGGCGACGUUCAAGUCCACCACGUGGUUCGCCAAGCCGCAGGCGGCGGGGGCGGUGGCGUGCGCGCGGAGGGGGUGGGUGAACUGCGACGUGGACAUGCUGGCGUGCGAGGUGUGCCACGCGCGCCUCAGCUUCUGUGUGCCGCCCACGUGGUCCAGAGCUCAAGUGGAGCGGGCGGCAGCGGAGGUGGCGGGGCGGCUGGAGUCGGCGCACAGGCAGCACUGCGCGUGGCGGGGCAACGAGUGCGACGAGGCGCUGCUGCUCUUCCCCCCCCAGCCGCCCGCCGCGCUGGCCGCGGCCGUGUUUGAGCGCUGCCAGGCGCUGCAGCAGCUGGCGCGCCUGCCCGCGCUGGCGCCCGCAGCAGUGGAGCGCAUGCGGCGCUGCAGCCCGCGCGCCCUGGACGCGCUGCUGGCGCUGCCCGCCCUGCCGGUGGGCGCACCGUGGGACGACCCCGUGGGGCGCACAGCCACGCGCGUCACGUCAGACGCCGCUGCUUACAUCGAGGUGCAGCGCAUCAUCGCGGUGUGCGGGUGGGAGCCGCGCGCCCUGGGCGUGCUGCCUGACGCGCACGACCCGCCCCACGCCAACCACCGCCACGCGCCUGCACACCCCACCGCCCCUCUGCCCUCGCUGCCCCCCCAUGGGCGCGCGCACGUGCCUGCGCGCCCCACGCCUGGCAUCCCUGCGAGCGCGGCGGUGCUGCAGUGCGCGCUGUGCGGCGCCAGCGUGGGCGUGUGGAACUACUCCACGCUGCCCCGCCCCCCCGCCCCCCUCGCCCUCCCCCCCGCCUCGCCCCAGCUCUCCGCCCGCCAGGGGCCGGCAGGGGAGGAGGGGGCGAGGGAGCGGGAGGUGCAGGCGGAGAGGGGCAGUGAGGGAGGGGGGGAGAAGGCAGAGGAGGAGCAGCGGGAGGGCGAGAGUGGGGCGCGGAAGAGUCUUCCGCCCGCUCCUGCAGCAGCUGCCAUCAUUAUCGCGCCGGUGGGGGGAAUGAGCAUCACGAGCCCCCCGCACAGGGCGGGGCUGGGCGCAGGGGGCAAGGUAAGGGGGCGGUGGGGAGCGUCUCAGGGGCAGGGGGGCGCGGGGGUGGCGGAAAGGAUGGGGGAGGGCUCGGAGGAAGGGGUGGGGGAAGCGAAGGAAGGGUAUAGGGUAGAGGGGGAAGCGGAGGGAGGUGCAGGGGGAGAGGGCACGGAGAGGGGCAUGGGGCCCGAGGUGGUCACUUCGCCCAGGCGGGUGCAUGGUCGGCGCGAGGGGGAGGACGCGAUGGACGAGCAAGGAAUCGCUGCCCCGCUUGCCGCUGCGUCCGCUGCCCCUGCUCUGCCUGUUGCUGCUGCUGCUACCCCUGCUACUGCCACUGCUGCGUCUGCUGGUGGUGCCGGUGGUGGUGUGGGUAGGAGAGCGGCAGCAGGCAGCAUGGGUGCGCCUGCCUCUGUGGUGAGGAGGCGGAAGCAGGGGUUGGAGGCGGGGGGGGUGACAGCAGGAGUUGAGGCGGAGGCUGUGCGCCCUGCUGCCCCCGUGGCAGCAGCGCUGUCAAUUGUAGGCAGCGCCACGCCACUCGGAGCUGCGUCCGCUGCUGCACCAACAACCCAUCCCGAGCACCGCCCACCAUCGCCAGCAGCAGCAACAGCAGCAGCAGCAGCAGCGGGAGCAGGGUUGGGAGCGGGCGGGGUGGCACUGGACCUGGGUCUGACCAUCGCUGGCGGCCUCCCUCCCACGCACCUCUCCUCCUCGCCCCCUCCGCGCCCCUUCGGCUCUGCCUCCGCCCUCCCCCUCUUUGGCGCCGGCCUGCCCAUUCCUGGCUGCCACCUCAGCGGCCCUGCCGGCGCCAAUCUGGGGGCGGGCGGCAAGGCAGGCGCAGGGGGUGGGGGAGGGGGAGGGUUAGUGGAAGGGGACGGGGGAGGGGGACCAGCAAGGAGAGUAGGGGUAGAGGGGGAGGGAGGUGGAGAGGGAGGGGGAGAGGGAGGGGGCGUGGGCGCAGAGGGGUUUGGGCAGUGUUUGGGCGAGGUGAGCUUUGGGCGGGGGGGUGUGGCGGUGCUGCCGAUGAACAGUGCGGAGGGCGUGGUGGCGGAGAUGGAGGAGGUGUCGUCCGAGGAGGCCGAGGUGGAGGGCUCUCUGCGCGCCCGCGCUGCCCGCGCCAGGGGGGACGCUCGCCGCGCCGCAGGCAGCAAGGGUGCGCCAGAGGGCGAGGCGGAGGGGCCAGCGGGCGGGCGCGCAGGCAGGGGGGCGUGGGGAAAGGAGGGGGGGGGUGAGAACGAGAGGAUGGAGGGGGGCGAUGAGAGUGGGAGGGGGGAGGGGUGUGGGGAGACUCAGCGGCUGGAGGGGGGCGAUGAGACCGGUAACGAGGGGGAGGGCGCGGGGGCGGCAGUGGCAGCACAGCAGAGCCGGCACGAGGGGGCUAGAGCCGACGUGGGUGUGUGCGUGAGCACGGGUCCCACGCAGGGCAGCAGCAUGCAGGGCGGUGGCGGUGGCGGGGAGGGCCGUGACAGGGGUCGUGUGGAGCAGCAGUUGUCGGCAGCGGCGUUUCUUGUGCCGUCCACACGUGCUCCGGCUGCCAGCACGGCAGGCAGGGGAGGUGUGGGUGGGGAAGAGGGCGUGCCUGGAGGUGUGGCGUCAGCGGCAGGCAGUGGCGCAGUGGGGUGCAGUGCGGUGGGGUACGGGGAUGGCGCACAGCAGCAGCGGGGCAGGGCGGUUGAGGGGCAGGGUAGGCGGGGGCGGGCGGCAGAGGGCAGGGCGGGCGGCAGUGAGUUCCUGGAGCCGCCUCAGAAGCGCCGCCACGUGGACGCGUCCUCCUCCCACGCGCCCCGCCCCCCUGCCUCGCGCGCUGCCUUGGGCGUGGGGCCACGAGGAAAGGCCGCGGGCGCAGGGGGAGGAGGGGCUGGGAGAGGGGUGGUUGGAGGGAAGGGGGCGGGGGGCAAGGUCGGCGAAGCCCUGGGUGCUGCUACUGCGUCUCCUGCUGCUGCUGCUGGCUCCUCUGCUCCUCUUCCUCCUGCUGCUGCUGGCGCUGGUGCUGCUGCUGAGGUUGCUGCUGCUGUGGGGGCUGGCGCUGGUGCUGGUGGUGGUGGUGGUGGCGCAGCAGGGGCAGGGGCAGGGGCAGGGGCGUUGGGCGGGGUGGGGGGCGAGUGGGCGCGGGCGUCGUCGGUGUAUGCGACGAACACGGACUUCAGUGAGCGCGACGACACCAGCGCUGACAGCGUUGACAACCUGCCGCCCCCCCUCGACCUGCACGCCCAGGGGGCAGCGCAGGGGGGGGUGGCGGGGGCGGGAGGGCAGGGGGGCGAGCAGAUGGAGGUAGCAAGUGAGGUGGCGGGCGUUGUGGAGCGCGGGGCAGAGGUGGGUGGGGGAGAGGAAGGGAGCAGCAGGAGGGGACAUGUGCAGUUGUCACCUGGGGCGCAGGCGGGCGCGUGGGGGGGGGACGGUGGGGGCGGAGGGCGAGGAGGGGCUGAGCAAGAGUGGGGAGGGGGGGGGGCGGGGGGGGAGGGCGAGGCGGCGACGAACGCGGCGGUGAUCAGCACGGGCACGGCGGGGGACGACGCGGAGGGGCCGGGCGGGGGCAGUGUGGCGAUGGGGGCGAGCGUGGAGGUGGAGGCGCAGGCGCUGGAGGGCGACGUCGUGGACGCCUCGCGCGCCCUCGCCUCCACCGACGCCCCCGCCUCCGCCGGCGCCCCUCCCCACGCUCCCAGCGCCGCGCUGGCUGCUGUGGCGCUCUCUGCCUGCCGCAGCGUGGUGGGCGGCGCCUGGGGGGGCGCUGCUGGCGGCGCUGCUGGCACAGGGGCGGGCAGUGCGCCCGGGGGCGCGGAGAGGCAGCAUGGGGAGGGCUCAGGGGGGAGAGGGGCAGAGGGGGAGGGGGAGGGGCAUGUGGAGAGGGGAGGCGCCAGGCAGGUGGAGAGUUUCAGCUUUGCAGGGGGAGGAUGGGGUGGGCGAUGGGGUGGAGGGGAGGACGGGGGCAGAAGGCGAGGGGAAGCUGGGGAAGAGAUCAGGGGGAAUGCGGUGGGAGGGCUGGGUGAGAUGGAAGCUGGGAUUGGUGGGGAGCACCUUGGGCAGACGGGGGAGGGCAUGGGGGAGGGGAUGGGGGAGGGGAUGGGGGAGGGUGCAGGUAUGACAGGAGUUGAGCAGGUGACGGUGGGGGGUGUGGAGGUAGCGGAGACAGGAGGGGGGACGGGGGCGACGGGGGGAAGGGAAGGACGGGGCAGUGGCGGGCUGGGGGAGGGGCGGAGGGGAAGCAGCGUGGGGAAGGCAGGUGAGGAGGCGGCAAGGGGUGAGGUUGGAGGGGGGGAGGGGACGGGGGAAGCGAAGGAAGGGCAGGGCGGGGGGCGUGAGUGGGGAGUGCAGAGGGAGGGUGCGGGGGAGACGGGGGGCCCAGAGGAGACCCGCGACACCACCCAGGGGCUGCUCAUUGGGGAGGAUGCAGACGCGGAUGGCGAUGCUGAGGUGGACGUCCGUGCUGACGUGGCGAAUGCUGGAGCAACAGCAGGGGCAGCGGGCGUGCAGGAAGCAGCAGAAGGCACGGGGGAGGUGGGGCUGGCAGCAGGUGGGGCAGAGGGGGGCGGGGAGGGGGCGGUGGGGAUGGAUGUGGAUGAGGGGCAGGGGGAGGGCGGGGGGUUGGCGGAGCAGCGUGGGCGAGUGGGGGAGCGGGCAGUUGGUGAGCUCGUGAGUGACGGCGGCGGCACAGGUGGCGUGAAUGGGCAUGGAGAGGUGCGUGUGGGAGCAGGCAGCAGGCAGCACAGGGGUGGGGAGGAGCGGGGCGAGCAUGGAGGCAGUGGCGGUGCACCUGGGGGGGAUGCAGAUGAGGUGCCUGUGCAGGGAGGAAGGGGGGACGGCCAUGGGGGAGUGCAGGGGACUGGCAAAAAUGGGCAGGGUGUGGAUGGUACUGCCACUACUGCUGCCCUUCAUGCCCCGCCCGUUCCUGCUGCUCGUGCUGCAAGUGGUGCUGCCAACGGCGUGGGUCCACCUUGUGUGGGGGAGGCUGAGGUCAGCAGCGGCUCACCUCCCGCUGCUGCCAAUGCUGCCACUCCUGUCACGCCGCGUGCUGCCAGUGCUGCUGCUCCCGCCCCUAUCUCUGCCCUUCCUGCCACUGACGUUGGCCCGACCUCUGGUGCGUGUUGUUGUGCUCCCACCACUGCACUCUCUUCGCCCUUGAGGCCGCUCACCACUCUCUUCGCCCUUGAGGCCGCUCACCACUCUCUUCGCCCUUGA